GCUUGCCAGGGACGAACAGCAGGACUGUAGUAAGGAAGAAAACGCGCGUGCCAGCACAGGUCACAGUCGAUCAAACGCAUACUAUUGUUCUAUCGCUGCUGGUACAUGCUGGCCUUGGUCUUCUCUACACAACUUGUUAAACGCAGGUUAAGUAAGCCUUCGUCGCUGGCACAUGUCGUUGCUACUUAAUUUGGCGGUGUUCAGCUGCUUCUUUCUGGGCGUUGCGACUCCCUUAUUCCUCCUCGCCUAUGCCUUUUACCAACGCUUCACGAUGCCUGCACAGCAGCGACCCCGGCCUCAGAGAAAGUUUGCGCCACUACGCCUGCCACAGAAACUUCUGGAUUCUGUGGUGUCGGGCAACUGGAAAAGGGAGCGUGAGACAGUCAUUGUCGGUAAUCUCCUCAUGCAGGCCAUGUUUCGUGAAUGGAACGACACUGGUGCGAUACGAAGAAUAGUCACAAAUAGAUUGAGCAAAGGGUUCGCCGAUGCCCUGAGUAAGAAAGCAGGAAAAGUGUUUGAAAGGAUUGAGCUUUGUAAGCUGGAUUUUGGCAACGAAGCCCCGACACUCACUAAGAUUGCCGUGGAAAAGGUCAUCUUGCACGAAAUGUGGAAGACAAUUGAGCAACUGGACGUGUUCGUGAGCGGGGAGUACGCGGGAGGCUUCACGUUGGCCGUAGACGCAGUGCUGAAGAUGGGAAGCGUGGCGUCGCUCUUCGUCAAGGUUACGCACGUCUCCGGCAAGGUCCGGCUGCAGUUCGCCAGGAGGCCGUACUCACACUGGUCCUUUGCAUUCUACGAAGAACCCAAGGUAGUGAUAUCCGUCGAGUCGUCCCUUCAAGGAAAAAAUCUUCCUCAAGUUGCAAACAUCGUCAUGAGCCUGAUUCGACGUGUCAUACGAAAGAAGCACACCCUGCCAAUCUACAAGAUCCGCUUCAAGCCUUUCAUUCUUCUUCCCGAGCUUCGGAUCAAUCCACCAGCAAGGGAGAGAGUGCAUCAGAGUGGGCCACUGGAGAUUACGGUGGUCCAAUGUUCGCGUUUGAUGCUCUGCGAAGGGUCUUUCCAACUCUACUGCAUGCUAUCUCUUGAUGACAGUCAGUGGAUUGACAUGGACAAAGUUGUGGGCACUCCGUGGGUGACAUUGGAACUGGACUUCGAGAAGCCAAAGUACGUUUCGCCUGGCGUUGAAUUGAAACAGGCGGUGAUCGAAGGGAAGUUCCGGGUAGGUGUCAUUGUAGAUAGCGUGACUCCUGAUUCCCCGUUCGACGCUGCACAAGUGAAAGUGGGAGACGUGCUGAUUGCUAUUAAGAACCAUCCGGUGGUCGAUAUGAAUCAGGCAUUGAGGAUUCUCAACAGGAUAAGCGAACCGAUAACGAUUAAAGUAGAGAGGAAGCUAGAGUUUGAUUGGAACACAUUCGGCAAGGAGCAUGCAACCAACAAGCCCGCAGAGGGAGAUGCCGCGACCACCGAAGAUGCAAAGCCGAAGUCACCAUUUGCAAAGAAAGGCUCAAUUGCAAACCUCCUUACUGGCGGAGCAGGCCUGAAAGCGGCCCAGAAGAAGGUCGGUGACAGCACAGCCAUCUUGGAACGAGCUAGAGCCAGGCAUCUUCCGAUCAAACGUACUGCCUACGUUUUGUCCACAACGGAACCCGUCUUUCUCCAGGAAUUUAAUUUCGAAGUGAGGAGCGCGUACAAGUACAUCAACGUUGGCAUCUGGAGCAAGGGACAAAUAGUUAGCUUUAAAGGCGUCAAGAAGCCCAGGGUUGACACCAUGCUUGCUUAUACGUCCAUUCCGUUGGCGCACGUUCUGGAAGAAUGCAAGAAGACCACGGAAGGAUACCAUGGCCAAGUAGUAAAGCUGCUUUGCCCCGAAUUCACUGAGCUCCCCAAAGACUUUGCCAGUUACUCGUCACUAUCAGGCUUCGACCCUCGUCUCUGCUACGGGGACAUCACCCUCCGAUUCUUCUUCAAGGGUGAAUACAGGGCGAGACCAGCAACUGGUAUAGAGGAAGAACUUCCUAAGGUGGGCACAAAAGUCAGGAUCAGCGCAGAACCGGUCAAAAGUAUGGAGCCCGAUACCACGGCAGUUUCUGGUGCCGUAACUGGGAAGCCACCGGCGCACGACUUCGAAGAUGUCACUCUGAAGAAACAGGAUACGUGCAAGUUUUGCAAAAACAAGGUAACUGAGCUCGGUACUUGCCUACGUUGUAAGGGAUGCCACAUGAUCAUUCACAAGAAAUGUGAAGAUUCGUGCAAACAGACAGCGUGCGAACAGAAAAUCUGGCCCGACGAAGACGUUGUUGCUGACCAAACCAAGGACGAGCCUGUCAGGAAGGAGGCGAAACCCGACAAGAAGGUUGCUGAGAGUGCGCAGAAGAAACCGGCAUCAAGUGACCGUCGGCCUUCAUCUGCCACCCCUUCCGGAACCACAGCAGCAGAUGACCGUAAAUUUUUCAAAUCCUUGGAGAUGACUGAUGAUACCCACAACUUGAACGCCAUCUUAGAAGACUUGGAUCGCCGUGAUUAUAGUAUGCGCAUGUAUGCCGUAGCGAGCCACCAAGCCAAGUUUUUGCACCAGGAAUUGAAUGGAGAGGAACGACUGAACCGCGUUCAUAAUGUCUACCAGAAAGUGAAGGUGGUAUUCGAGAGGGAGCGACAACAGAAAGGGAAGCUUGAGGCUGCCUUGGCUGCUGCAACUACCUCCAAUGCAAAGUCCGAGAUUGUUGCUAAGCUGACACAGUGCGACAAGCGAAUCAAACAUCUCAACUUGGUCCUCCUGUACUACGCCUGCGGCCUCAAACACCUCUACGCGGAACGCCACGAGACAACUUCCGACAUGGACAACGAGGAAAAUUAGUUGAUGGCAAUUCGUUAUGUGUUAAUCAUAAUUAUUAUUUAUUGUAUUGUACUGCUGGUGCGGCCUACUUUCGAAGCGUGAAAACGUAUGCAUUGGUUGCGCAUGCAAACGCCAUGUUUUGAAGAAAAAUAUAUUGGAUGCAGUCUCC